UGGGGAGGACCUUGAAGGCGUCUACACGGCGAGAGCAUUUGUAGGAUGGUACAAUGGCUUGCCGGAGAACAGAAAUGUAAGAAUCUGAAGCCAGACUUGAACAGUGAGACAGCGGUCAUCCUAGGUCAUGGGAAUGUGGCAUUGGACAUUGCACGGAUUCUCCUAUCGCCUCUUGAGAUUCUUCGGAAAACUGACAUCACUGAAGAGUCCUUCUCUGCCUUGGCCAGCAGUAAAGUCAGACGGGUGUAUCUUAUUGGCAGAAGGGGUCCCCUCCAGGUGGCUUUCACCAUAAAGGAGCUGCGGGAAAUGAUCAACCUACCCAGUGUUAGACCUUUCCUGGAUCCUGCAGAUUUCAGAGAUCUUGGGGAUGCCAUUAAAG